UAUAUUAAUAUAUAAUUUUUUUGCAUUGUGUGGUACUUUGUCUUCGAUUAAUAUAUUUUAUGUUCGCUGCAAUUUUUUUGUUUUCCCAGUUAAAUUUCUUUUAAUUUUGUUGCUGAAAAUAUAACUUAUUUUUUAUGUCUUUUCAUUUUUUAAUUUUGCUCUUUCGUUCUUUAUUCACAAAUUGUAUUCAGUUGAACGAAAUCCAUUGCAAGACUAGAACUUAGGUUGAUAAGUUAAAGUUAGGUGAGGGCACGUGGUGGUAGGUCCUUUGGGCUCAAUUAUCUGCUAUUGCUUUACAUAAUUACAUGGAGUCCUUCACGGACCGUGAUAAUUGUGUAGAAUGACUCAUCCUAACUUUAUAUGUGAGUGUGAAGUGUGAACCUUUGUUUUUUCCUUCCAAUUAUUUGAAUUUAAUUUCUUAAUUAGCUGUUUUGCAAAUGGAUAAUUCUAGAUUAUCUCUUCUCUUAAUUGAUCAUCUUAUAGAUUGAGUAUUGGAUAUAUAAUAGAAUAAGUAGCAUUUAAAAACUAAGCUCUUUUAUUGACAUAACAUCAAAUGAUCCAAUAGGUGGCUUUUGAAUUAGCUCUGUGGCUUCUUUAGAAGAGAAGGAAAGAAAAAAAAGUAAAAGUUAAAAACUAAAAAUUGAUCUCUUUUUUUUGGUGAUUUCUGAAAGCUUAUUAGCAAGAUUAAGAUGCCUUGCCCUUUUGUCUCAAUCAGAUAAUUCCUCCUUGCUAGUUAGUUUCUGCCAAUCAAUCUAACUCUUACAACAGAAAAAAAGUAGGGAAAAAAAUAAAAAUAAAUAAAUAAGUAAAUAAAUAAAUCUGAUCUUUUGUGCUACUUCAUCUUUUGUGCUGACAAAUAUCUCAGUUUCAGUAUCCACAGAAGUCCAUAUUCUUUUGGCAGGAGCUGUUCCAGGAUCCUAUACCAACAUAAAUUAAAACAUGCCCAUUAUUCAUUUUUCUAUGAUGGCCUAUUGAGAUGAACUUUGGUGUGUAAGCUUCCUCGUUCAACUUGAACAUGUUACAACUUUAGUCGUUGUACCUCUGUUCUGUUGCAACUUUCUUAUUGGCAAGGUUUACAUAAAGUUGGGUGUGGAGAUUUCUGCUGAUGUUGAACUUGUAGAACCAUUACCAAAAUCCUGUAUAUGGCGACAAGCUAGAGGUUCAGCUACUGAAAUUUCUGGAAUUGAUGAUGGUCUAGGAUCCAUAGACAAGGCUAGUGUUGCACAACAGUGGUACGAUGAACUGGAUGAUCUUGCCGCUCCUAAACCCAAAACAGAAAUGGUUGUUGAAGAUGAUAAUCUGAAUAACAAUUUGGUUGUUGACGAUAAGAAAAUUUGCAUCAACUGUUGUGUUUGCAAUAGCUCUGGAACAAGUGAGGCAUUUGCUUGGAUUUCUUCUGUUUCUGGGAUUAAAGUGGGUACUGAUUUUUCUCUCACCAGUUUCUUGUUAUUGCUUUUGAACAAGCGCUUGUUGAGUCCAUCUUGUUGAGGAAGCAAAACUUGGAGGGCCAGUCCAUUAUCGAUACAUGUAUCCUAUCGAAAGGGAAUUGGGACACUUGAAGUCCUUUGUACGAAAUAAAGCACAUCCAGAAGGUUCUAUUGCUGAGGGUUAUUUAGCUGAAGAGUCUCUUACUUUCUGUUCUCGGUAUAUUGACGACAUGGAGACUAGAUUUAACAGGCCUAGUCGUCUUUGUUAUGAUCCCCCUUAUGAAAUGUCUUCAGUCUUGCCCAAGUUAGGUACUCCACAUGGAGGUCAUUCAAACUUCAAUUUAACUAAAAUAGAGAAGUUGCAAGCUCAUCGUUAUGUGGUUUUCAAUCGCGAAGGUGUGAAACCAUAUAUCAAUGCCUUUAGAGACCACAUUAGGAGAACUUCAAAGGGAAGAAGACUCUCACCUACAGAGAUAGAAAAGAAAGUUAAUAAAUAUUUUGUUGAUUGGUUUCAAGCAUUGAGUGUGAAUCCAGAUAAUCCAUAUGAAAUGUCAACUGAUAUAAAGUUUCUUGCACGAGGCCCAAUGAUGAAUGCAAGGAGAUUUUCUGUUUAUGACAUCAACGGGUAUAGAUUUCGAACUUUGACUAGAGAAUUUGGUCUUAAGACACAAAAUAGUGGAGUAUUCUUAGUCUCUAACACACCCUGCAUUGCAAGUAUUGCUGAUAGAAAUAUGAGACAAGCAAAUUUGCCAUAUUAUGACAAGUUAGAAGAUAUAAUUGAACUUAACUACCAUGGACAAUUUUCUGUUGUUCUUUUUAAAUGCAAAUGGGCUGACAAUACUAGGGACAGAGGCUAUAAAAAGGACCAUUGGAAUUUCAAUUGUGUCAAUUUUGAUAGAUUAAUUCACACGGGUGAGCGUGAGGAAUAUGAACCUUAUAUUGAAGCAUCUUAAGCACAAAUGGUGUAUUAUGUUGAUGAUAUGGUAAAUAAAGGGUGGAGUAUUGCUGUGCAUGUCAAGCCAAGGGAUAUGUAUGACAUGGGUCAAGGAAAUGAAGAUAUAGUGUACGAAAAUGAGCUGAUCAAGAGCAAGAACUUGAACAAUUAUUUGACCCUAAUAAUGAGUACAUCCAAUUAGCUACCAAUUUAUUAGAUAACGAUGCUAUUGAAGAUAAUGUAGCUACUAACUUGGCAAGGGAUAUGUUUGAAUGAAAGUUUGUACAAAAUUUUACCAAAGAUUUCAUAUGGAAAGACAACCACUAAUAAUAAUUAGUAGAGGCAGAGCUUUGUACUGAAGUUGGAAUUGUUACCAGAGGUAUUAUUAUCACUAUUA